AUGUCGCGCGGUCACCGCGGGAUUCGUCUCAGUCGUCCGACUGGUCGACCGGUGGCCGUUGCAAGCGUCGAAGAGGAGCGCGUCGCGGAGAGGCUGAGGGACAGGUCAUCCUCGAUGCCGUAUCAUGAUCUGAUGGGACGAGUCAUGUCACGUGUCGUCGGGACGCUGCUCGCGCGCUCGACGCUGCUGACGAGCGUCGCCGCGGCCCUCGUCGUGCUCUCGUGCUGCUGCAGGUGUACUCGCGCCAGCGAGUUCCCGGAAAGAGAGUGCUGCGACCUGAUAUUCCCGAUCCCGGAGCCGACCGGAAGGUCCUCGUCCGCGCCGACGCCAACGGGCAGAAGCGGAUCCGACAUCAAAGUACCAGUCGCAAUACUGAACUGUCUUUACGCGCGUCAAUUGUGCUCCGAGGAUGCAUCCUGCAGCGCCAUUCUGGAGAUUAUACCGAGGGUCUGCGGGCCAGAAUUGGUGGCUUGUUCGACGGUGACAGUGAGAAAGUGUCAAGCGGCCCUGCACACUCUGCAAGCUUUCCCUUUCUUCCGCCCAACGUGCCUCUGCAGGGAACCGCGUGUAGAUCCGGACUGUAACAGUUUUCAGAACUUCCUCUUCGACCACCCGUGCGUCUACGUUUUAAAGAAAGAUAAGGACCAGGACGCAAUCGACGCGCUGCCGACCUGCAAUCAUGCGCUGAGCGUCUGUUUACGCGACAAACCGUGCAACCAGAUUUUCGAGGACUUCAAAAGCAACUGCAAAGCGCGGGAGGGCAAGUGCAGGAUGGAGAGCCGGAACGCCUGUCACGAUUCCUGGACCCAGCUACGCCUGUCGCCGAUGUUCGGCUGCAUCUGUCCGAACAAUCACAUAAAGAAACGUUGCGACAGGAUCUUCUCGAUGGUGAAUCACAAUCCGUGCGUUAAGUUCCUGCCCUCCUCCACCUCCGUAGACCUGUCGGGCACGGACUCGGCCCUGUAUCCGUUCGACCCGCAGGAGGAGAGCUACCAGGAGAUCUGGUUACCGCCGACCAGUAUGUACCCCUAUUUUCUGUUCCCCGGGGCCGCGCGCACCUCGUACUACGACCACGAGAGCACGUACGACGUCCAGGAGCCGGGGCAGGGGCGUCAGCACGGCCAUCGUCAUCAGCACGGUCGUCAUCAAGAAGCACCGGAGUUGCCUGGCAGGCCCGGUGUCCUCGUGAUCGAGACGUACGAUCCUCGUGCCGAUUACGAGAACCGGCAGGAGGCUCGUGCUGGAACCGAUGACGAGCAUCGGCCUGUGUACAGCGAGAAAGAUGCGGAUGAUCGUGAAAUGGAGGGAUCUGAGAGCUUCUAUGAUCGCGGCUCUUCUUCUUCUUCUUCUUCUUCGUCUUCUUCUUCUUCUUCUUCUAUUUCUUCAUCUUCUUCUUCUCUUUCUUCUUCUUCUUCUUCUUCUUCUUCUUCUUCUUCUUCUUCUUCUUCUUCUUCUUCUUCUUCCACGUUGUCCAAGCAUGAUCGUGCCUCCAGCACAGUGCACCUGCAGCCAAGGCACUCCCAAAGCGAGCAUGACGCGCACCUGCACCAUCAUCACCAUCACCAGCACCACCAGCACCACCAGCACCACCCUGCACCACCCGCACCACCGUUCGCCGCGACGUCGUCGUCGUCGUCGUCGUUAUCAUCGUCGUCGUCGUCGUGGUCGAGUUACCCGCCGCCGGCUCGUCCAACGCCUACCGUGGACGAGACGAAACGAAUCGAGAGGCCUGGCCUGGUGCAGCCGAAGAAAUUCGCACCGAGGCCCACCUACGAGCACGGGGCGAUCUUCGAUCGCGUCGACGACGACCUCGAUGACGAGUUCAGGAUCGGGGCGCUGCCAGUCGACCGGCUCUUCGAUCUCCGCGAGACCUUCGAAGGGUUCGUCGACCAAGUGAAGGUCAUCUUGCAUCCGGACAACUCGACCAGCUACGAGGUGAUCGACUCGCAGGUCGAGAACCCCUUGAUCGACGCGGACCAUCACGAUCUAGUGGCCAUGCAGCAGAUCCCCGUCCCCAGCGGACACCAUUUCAAGACGCAACACAAGAGGAACCAGACGGACGAUCGCAAUC